CCUCCCAGUCCCACCCGUCGGCCAGAUCAGCCUUCAAACUAGGGUUUACUCGUCCCGAAGCCAACAGCAAAGGCUUCCUCCACGCUUGAGCUCCGCCGCCUCCUCCUCCCUCCGCCGACUCCCUCCGCCAGGACCGCGAAGAUGAAGCUCGUCAGGUUCUUGAUGAAGCUGAACAACGAGACGGUCACCAUCGAGCUCAAGAACGGCACGGUGGUCCACGGCACCAUCACCGGUGUUGACAUAAGUAUGAAUACUCAUCUGAAGACAGUGAAGCUUACACUGAAAGGGAAGAAUCCUGUAACCCUUGACCACCUCAGUGUGCGAGGAAACAACAUUCGCUAUUACAUUCUUCCUGACAGCUUAAACCUGGAAACGUUGCUGGUGGAAGAAACCCCUAGAGUCAAGCCUAAGAAGCCAACUACAGGGAAGCCUUUGGGACGUGGUCGCGGCCGUGGUCGUGGGCGUGGUCGGGGCCGGGGGCCGCGCUGAGCUCUAUAGUUCCCUUGCUGUCGGCUCUCUUGCAUGACAAAUUUCCCUACAAUGUAACCUCUUUCCCCUGCACGCUAUGUGAAAGAAUGUUGCAUUGUUACCCUUCUGAUGAACUUGGACCUAAUAUCUCAAAUCUCAGUAGUUCUUGUUGUGGAAUCGCCCUGUCUAUUUGAUCCAUGGUUCAUGUCUAUCUUAGGUCUACAUUGUAGUUAAUUGGUAAUGUGCUUCACCUGGCAUACAUAUAAGAUGCCGCAGACCAUUGGAUACCUAGGUUGUAUGCUUGUGUUUUCGCUACAUCGGAAUUAUUGCUCUGGAGUUAUGCUUUGCA